GGCCGAUCGAGAUUUCUUCACCUCAACGACGAACCCUUGAUGCCAUCGGCAGUGAUUUGCAAUGCGGCUACUGCAACGAGAUAAUGCUAACAAUUACACCCUUACGGACGAUCUGCGCGCUGACGACAUCCCCCCCUACGCAAUCCUUUCCCAUACCUGGGGCGCCGACGAGGUCAUUUACGCCGAUGUCAAAACGAGCUCAAAUGACUGGCAACAGAAAGCCGGCUACGAAAAGAUCAAAUUCUGCGCCGAUCAGGCUAAGCGACAUGGCCUGCAGCAUUUCUGGGUAGACUCCUGUUGUAUUGACAAAUCUGAUGCCAUCGAACUCCAGACUGCUAUCAACAGUAUGUUCAGGUGGUACCGUGGCGCCAAGCGAUGCUACGUGUUCCUGUCCGACGUCUCUUGUCCAUCGACAUCCGGUCCUCCGACCUCCAGUCAGCAGCCAGGCGUGGCAUCGUGGGAGUCGGUCUUCCGAAACAGUCGGUGGUUCACGCGUGGCUGGACACUUCAAGAGCUCAUCGCCCCGCAGAUUGUUGAGUUCUACUCAAAAGAAGGUGUCUUCUUGGGCGGUAAGGAGUCACUGGAGGCUGUCAUACGCAACGUGACAGGUAUUCCUGCCCGGGCUUUACGAAAUACACCGUUAUCCAACUUCACGACCUCCGAGCGAGAGGCAUGGGCACGCAACCGGGAAACGAAGUAUGAGGAAGACAUGGCAUACUCUCUUCUUGGGAUAUUUGGCGUUCACAUGCCACUCAUCUAUGGCGAGGGUCGCGAAAGCGCGCAGAGAAGAUUGCGGGAAGAGGUCCAGAAAUCUAUAAAAGGCGCUCACUAUAACGACUUUUCGAUCACCUUUAGCCUAUCGGGCGUCCCCGAGACCCCAAAUUUUGUGGCAAGAGAUGGGGAAGUAGAGGAGAUACGAAGAAUGCUACAUUCGGACGGAAGCCGUCACGUUGUCGUGCUCUAUGGCCUUGGAGGCAUCGGCAAGACACAGCUUGCUGCAACUUACAUCAAGCGGUAUCGAGACGAGUACUCGGCCAUCUUCUGGCUCAACAUCAAGGACGAAGCGUCCAUCCAGCAAAGCUUCGCUAGGAUCGCAACGCACAUCCUCGAACAGAGUGCCGAUGCCGGCAGCCUCAAGGGGCUGAACCUGCAGCAAGACCACGACAAGAUUGUUCAGGCUGUGAAGGCGUGGCUCAGCUUGGCCGGCAACACGAGAUGGCUCAUUGUAUAUGACAACUACGACAACCCAAAGCUCCCAGGACGGAAAAUUGAUGCCACGGUCGACAUACACCAGUUUCUUCCAAUGGCAGAUCAAGGCUCAGUAGUGAUUACAACACGGGUGUCAGAAAUCAACAUAGGCCAUCACAUUCGAAUCAAGAAGCUCGAAUCCGAACAGGAGAGCCUACAGAUACUGUCGAAGACAUCAGGCCGAAAUGGCUUACAAGAUGAUAACGAUGCAAAAGACCUUGCACGAAAGCUAGACGGGCUUCCUCUCGCCCUAGCUACGGCCGGAGCAUAUCUGAAGCGCGUCCCGAUCAGCACACGCGACUACCUUCGCCACUACCAAGAAUCUUGGGCUAGAGUCACCGGUGCCCUGCAUCUCGGAUCCUAUGCAGAUCGUACCUUGAAUUCAACAUGGCAGCUGUCAUAUGCGCAGGUACAGGCACAAAACCCACUUGCAGCCCAUCUGCUCCGUUGGUGGGCCUACUUCAACAAUGAAGACAUAUGGUUCGAUCUUGUACGCACUAGGAGCGAAGACGGUCUUGUGUGGAUGGAACAGCUUUCAGAAGAGCUGAACUUCAAUGAAGCUAUGGGCGUCCUCCACGACUACGGCCUUGUCGAACCCACAGUCAUGUUUCAGGAGCCACAGGGUAAGGGCAAACUAGGUGAGGCCGAGAAGAUGUACUUGCGGGCGCUCGAUGGGCGCGAGAAGGCACUUGGACCAGAUCACACAUCAACACUCGACACAGUCAACAACCUUGGGAACCUUUACAAAAGUAAGGGCAAACUAGGUGAGGCCGAGAAGAUGUACUUGCGGGCGCUCGAUGGGCGCGAGAAGGCACUUGGACCAGAUCACACAUCAACACUCGACACAGUCAACAACCUUGGGAACCUUUACAAAAGUAAGGGCAAACUAGGUGAGGCCGAGAAGAUGUACUUGCGGGCGCUCGAUGGGCGCGAGAAGGCACUUGGACCAGAUCACACAUCAACACUCGACACAGUCAACAACCUUGGGAACCUUUACAAAAGUAAGGGCAAACUAGGUGAGGCCGAGAAGAUGUACUUGCGGGCGCUCGAUGGGCGCGAGAAGGCACUUGGACCAGAUCACACAUCAACACUCGACACAGUCAACAACCUUGGGAACCUUUACAAAAGUAAGGGCAAACUAGGUGAGGCCGAGAAGAUGUACUUGCGGGCGCUCGAUGGGCGCGAGAAGGCACUUGGACCAGAUCACACAUCAACACUCGACACAGUCAACAACCUUGGGAACCUUUACAAAAGUAAGGGCAAACUAGGUGAGGCCGAGAAGAUGUACUUGCGGGCGCUCGAUGGGCGCGAGAAGGCACUUGGACCAGAUCACACAUCAACACUCGACACAGUCAACAACCUUGGGAACCUUUACAAAAGUAAGGGCAAACUAGGUGAGGCCGAGAAGAUGUACUUGCGGGCGCUCGAUGGGCGCGAGAAGGCACUUGGACCAGAUCACACAUCAACACUCGACACAGUCAACAACCUUGGGAACCUUUACAAAACGAUUAACACCCUUUCGAACCUGGGAUCUUUACGCUCAGAACAAAACCGUAUGAGCGAAGCCCGGCAAUAUUAUCAACGUGCUCAUGGUGGUCUGGAGAAGGUUCUCGGGCCAUCGCAUCCGGCUGUCCAAUCAGCGCGGGAGACUCUCGAGCUUACGAAUGUGGCCCUCGAAGCUGAGACGUUUUCGAAGGAUGACCAACAUUUGGCUAAUCCAACACAACCCAACCUGUCGAAGACCAGACGAUGA